GUGAUAAUAUAUCAAAAUAUGUGCCUAUGUAUUCUGCAUAUUGAAAGAAUUACUCCAUUUACAUUUUACUUUAAGCCUUCACUCGUGUUCAGCCAUAACAAAACGAUCCAAUAAAUCUUGAAAAAUUUCCAUUACGCAAAAUGCUGGUUCUAUCCAAGGUAAAAUUGAUGCCUCCUUUCGUUACUGUUGAACACAUGAUUUUAUUAGAAAACGCAGAUAUUCUGAAUCUGGUUUUGUGGCGAAUUGUGAAAAUAUUCAGAGGUGCAUAUUUUCUUUACAUAAAAAAAUGUGUAUUUUCUGUUUCAUGUGAAAAGACUUUUAAUAUAUCUCAUAAGUUAAAUCAUUAGUUUUCCUGAAUUUGGAUUAAUUUAUUGUAAAUUCCUGAUAUCGUAAACAAUUUCAGUAUGCUUUGCCAAGGAUUCUUUCAAUGACAAUGGAACAAAGAGAACGAGGUAAGUGACUACUGUGGCUUGAAAUUUGGAGGCAAGUGCAGUGAUUGGUUUAAAAGUUACACAGACUCUGGCCAAUAGACGGCGUCCACGCUCCUUUAAAUAUGAGCUGUUAGGCGCAUUCCUUAUCAGCUGAGAAAGCUACAUCAACAAGAUGAGCGGAAGAGGCAAAACCGGUGGAAAGGCUAGAGCUAAGGCUAAGUCUCGCUCCUCUAGAGCAGGGCUUCAGUUUCCCGUUGGCCGUGUUCACAGGCUCCUCCGCAAGGGUAAUUAUGCUCAGCGCGUUGGUGCCGGUGCUCCAGUGUACUUGGCUGCUGUGCUCGAAUAUCUGACCGCUGAGAUCCUGGAGUUGGCUGGAAACGCCGCUCGGGACAACAAGAAGACCCGUAUCAUCCCCCGUCACCUGCAGCUGGCGGUGCGCAACGACGAGGAGCUGAACAAGCUUCUGGGCGGAGUGACCAUCGCUCAGGGUGGUGUGCUGCCCAACAUCCAGGCCGUGCUGCUGCCCAAGAAGACUGAGAAGGCCGCCAAAGGCAAAUAAACAACUGCAGUUUGAUUUUUACUUGUAAACCCAAAGGCUCUUUUCAGAGCCACCCACUUUUUCUUUGAAAGAGUAGUUGUUUAUAAAUUGAACCACAUAUUGC